AUGGAGCCGUCUGAGGGCUGGGACCCAUACGGGCGACCGGCCCGGCGUACUCAGUGGUUGGUGAGUGCCCUGGCUCACCAUUACGGGUUGGACCGCGGUGUGGAGAACGAGAUCGUGGUGCUGGCUACGGGUUUGGAUCAGUACCUGCAGGAGAUUUUCCAUCACCUGGAUUGCUCCGGGGAAGGUAGGAUUCCCGGAGAGGAUUUCCAAACGCUGUGCCAGGUGCUGGGACUGAAGGAAGCGGAUGAACCCGAGGAGUGUCGGGGGCUGUGGCAGGACCUCUCGGCCGGGCUCACCUUCCGCCAGUUCCACGCUCGUCUCUGCGGUUAUUUCAGCCGGGAAGAAGGCGAACAACACCCUCGGCUGCCGCUGGGCCGGGAGAGCGAACACAUCGAGACCCAGAUCUGGCUGCAGCCCCGCCGCCGCCGCCUGCCCCCGGCCGGCCCCGCUGCGGGGAGAGGGGAAGCGGCGGCGGGGGAAGGGAUUCCCUGUUCCCGGGAGUGCUACGAGGAGAUCGUGGCUCUGGAACAGGCGGAGGAUCGCAUCGCCAGGCUGGAGGAGGAGAACGGCAGCCUGAGGGAGCUGGUGGAAGACAUGAGGGCUGCCCUGCAGAGCAGUGAUGCGAGGUGCCUGGCCCUGCAGGUGGGGACUGCGGAAAAGCCACGCAAAGCACAGGAAGAGGGGACCUGUUUUAUAGGGAGUAACAGACAGUUCACAAGACCCAAUUCCCAGAGCAAGUGCCUUCAAAGUGUCCUGAAAGAAGUGGAACUCAUCCAGAGCUCCAGGACAGGCAAAUUGAAAGCAAUGAAGUUCAAUCAGGAGCUGGAAAGAGAGCUGAAGAGCUCUCAGGAGGCUCUGGUCAGCCUGGAGGACUGCAACCGUAACCUGAAGAGGGAACAAGCAGAGAUGAGGAAGAAGGUUGAAGAGGCAAGACAUGCUGUCCUCAACAGCCUGAGCAAAGUGAGGGAGCUGGAGAUGAAAGCUAACCAAGUGCCACAGCUGCAAGACUACAUUGAGCAGCUGGAAUCCCAACUGCAGCUCUACAGGUCAGAAAUGGGGAGAUUCCAGCUGUCCUCAGGAAGCAGCCCCGAGCAGAAGGUGGGAGCAGCUUUCCCAGAGGGCAGCUCCAGCCUGGCUGCUGCGCAGCACCAUCAAGGAUCUCCCCAGGGCAGAGCUGGGAUGGCUGAGAACGCAGAGGCUCAGCUGCUGUGUCUGGUGGAGGGCCAGGCUGCCCCUGAAGAAGAGGAGGGGAAGAGGGCAGGAGGCUCCCAUGGGAAGGAAAGACCAGCCAAGCUCCCCUGCUGGGGCAGUGGAUGUGAUGAAAAACUGUGGGAAAAGCUGAUGUUUCACUUGGAGGCCAGCAGCAGUGAUGGGCAGGAGCUGGAGCUGGCAGAGAGGAUCCCCCAGCUCACUGAACAGCCUGAGCUGAAAGGGCACCAAGGGAAGAAACUGGAAACAAAUAUGGAAGAGCUGAAAAGCCCAUUGCUGGGGGAACCGCAGCAAAAGGCAGAGGAGACAGAGCUGCUGAAGAUGGAGCUGCAGAUGUUGGAGACUGAGAGAGUUAGGCUGUCCCUGGUGGAAGAAAAGCUCCUGGAUGUUCUACAGCUCCUUCAACAACUCCGAGACUUGAACAUAUCUAAACGAGCCUUGGGGAAAAUCCUGCUGAGCACUUUGGAGUCCUGCCAUGACCCCCAGCCUGGAAAAGCCCACCUGUUUGAAGUCCUAGAUACCCUUUACCAGGAGCUGAGAGCCUGUGAACUCUUCCAAAGGCAGCCUGCAGAGAAGGUGCAGGGUCAGCAGUCCUUGGCUAACCCACUGGUCAUCUCAUGCUGA